AGUUGACUAGACCACAUAUUAAAGUCUUAUGUUUAAAAUUACCAUUUACAUUCCAUAAAAUACGUCCUCUUUAUUGUUUACGACCAAACCGUCCUAACCCUUUCCCUAUAUAACUAUCUUUGCGCCAAAACAACCCCUCACACCAAGUAUAGGAAUCUUAUCGCAUUUUUUGGGUUUUGGUGGCCCCAAGGAAAGAAAGAUCAACAAAACUAUACGAGUUCGGCCAUGGCACUUGAGUUUUAUGCCAAUAUUUUUCUUUCUCUUGCGCUGCUUUCUUUCUUUGGAUUGUUGGUAGGUUUGUACCAUGGAUUGGUAGUGAAGCCCACAAAGCUUCGAGCAAGACUAAGCAAGCAAGGCAUCAAAGGACCGCCUCCAAGUAUGCUCCUGGGAAACAUACGAGAUAUUAAGAAGGCCCAGUCCAACGUUGUUAAGGUUCCUAGCACGCAACGCCCUGCCACUCACAACUGCGCUACGCUUCUCUUUCCAUUCUUUGAGCAAUGGAGGAAACAGUAUGGUCAAGUAUUUGUGUUUUCUCUUGGUAACACUCAAAUAUUGUUUGUGAAUCAACCUGAUGCGGUGAGAGAGAUUACUACAUGCACGUCCUUAUCCUUGGGGAAGCCUUCCUAUCAGCACAAAGAGCGUGGUCCAUUGCUUGGUCAGGGCAUUCUAACUUCAAAUGGGGCUCUAUGGGCUCAUCAGAGGAAAAUCCUUGCUCCUGAAUUAUACAUGGACAAGGUUAAGGGAAUGAUGAAUCUAAUUGUCGAGUCUACAUUUACACUACUCAACUCUUGGAAGAGCAGAAUUGAGGCCGAGGGUGGACUAGCUGACAUCAGAAUUGAUGAGUAUAUGCGAAGCUUCUCUGGAGAUGUUAUCUCAAGAGCCUGUUUUGGAAGCAAUUAUUCUAAAGGAGAAGAAAUCUUCCUGAAACUAAGAGCUCUCCAGGAGGCCAUGUCCAAGAAAAAUCUAUCCACUGGCGUGCCCGGAAUGAGAUAUCUUCCCACAAAAAGCAACAGGGAAGCUUGGGCACUUGAAAAGGAGGUACGUGAUUUGAUACUGCAGGUGGUAAAGGCGAGAAAGGAGGCUGCAUACGAGAAGGACUUGCUGCAAAUGUUGCUUGAGGGAGCUGAAAACAGUGAUCUGAGUCAAGAAGCCACUGACCGGUUUGUAGUUGAUAACUGCAAGAACAUAUACUUGGCUGGAUAUGAGACUACUGCCGUUUCUGCCAUCUGGUGCCUCAUGCUUUUGGCUGCCAAUCAAGAAUGGCAGGAUAAUGUCCGGACAGAGGUUCUUCAAGUUUGUGGGGGUCGUAUUCCGGAUGCUGAUAUGCUUCGUAAGAUGAAACAGCUAACUAUGGUAAUUCACGAAUCAUUGCGACUUUAUCCCCCAGUAGCUGUGGUGUCAAGGGAAGCCUUCAAGGAUAUGAAAUUCGGGGACAUUUUUGUUCCCAAGGGUGUGAAUAUUUGGAUUUUCGUGUUGGCAUUGCACACUGACCCUGAAAUUUGGGGUACGGAGGCCUACAGAUUCAACCCGAAUCGAUUUGCAAAUGGGAUAACAGGUGCUUGUAAACUUCCACAUCUGUACAUGCCAUUUGGGGUUGGCCCCCGGGUCUGCCUUGGACAGAACUUGGCCAUGGUUGAGCUGAAAGUACUAAUGUCUCUCCUUUUAUCCAACUUCUCGUUCUCCCUUUCUCCCAAGUACAGCCAUUCUCCUGCUCUUAGAUUGGUAAUAGAGCCAGAAAAUGGAGUUGAUCUGUUGGUAAAGAAACUGUGAACUUCGCUUUUGUACUUGUUCAAUAUGAAGCCAAAGAAACAAUUUGAAAUAAAAUAACAGAAUAGAUGGUAAACAUCUGUCUCUCAGAAUAGUCUUUUGGACUGUUUUAGGUUAGGGGCCAUGUAUGAUGUAAGUCUUUUGGACUGUUUAUCAUUUUCUUCCGUACUUGGGUGUAUGCCUAAAGAGAUGAAUUAAUUAUAUGUGAAUAAGAUUGAAUCGUUGCUAUUAUUACUUGGAAGUUGUAAUCAAAAUGCAGAACUCAUAUCGCCAAUCGCUUGGACCAUUGCUCGCCCAGCACCUUGAGGUCAUGGAUCAAAUUAAACGAAGCAGGCUAACGUUCGCCCAGCAACAUGGGCCCCAUAUGUUUUAUCUUCUCUAUGC